CUUUCAGUUGCCGUUUACCUGCGGUCGGAUUCGGUCGAAUUUUACAACAAGCGCAGCGCAUAGCCUAAGCCAGUGGUUGCCGGUUGCAGUGUGUGCCUCAACCAAACCAAACCCCCCAUCAGCCAUUGGUUGGCACAUGCACAUGCAACAGUUUUGUCCUUGAAAGUGUUUCCAGUUGAAUAUUCAUGAAAUUGUAGCGUAACAGCUUAACUGUUGAGCGAGUGUUUGAGUUUCAAGUGCUAACAGUGAACCAAAAGUGCGCCCCCUACGAAAAUGGUGAACAAACAUUACAACGUUCACAAUCCGAAGCUUCACAAGUCCAAGAGUGGACAGAAUUCGCCUCCGCCGGUGCGAAGUCACCCGGAGGUCUCCAAUCAGCCGAAUCCUCCGGACACGUCUGGGUCAUUGGAGAACAAUUUGAAUCACAGUGCGGAGCUUCGUCCCCAUCAACACCACAGCCACAUUCAGCAGUUCCAUCGCCAGCCCAGUCAAAUGCAGCAGAAUAAUUUGGAUUUGGAUGUUCGCCGGCGUACCGGAGGUUCGAACACUCCAUCGGAGGAAGACUUUGGCGAGGACGGUGUCUACGGAAGAAACAUUACUUAUUACAGUGAAACCGCUCAGCUUGGCGAUGGCCAAACAAGCCCGGGCAACGGCGAGCGGCUCUGUGUGAAGGAUUUGACUAUCAACGACAUUGGCCGAUUUCAGUACAUUUUGCAGAUGGACCGAGAAGUGGGCACACCGUACAGCGGUUACACGACAUCCUCCUCCCAGCACUCCCCCUCCGCACCAAAUUCCCUGCCCAGUCACUUGCACACCAGCCGCCAGAGUUACAAUUUCUGGAAGGCCGGUUCACAGUCCCCCCUCACCAGUGCAUCCUCAGUGAAUUCCUUCUUCCGGCCUUCAUCGCAAUCGAGCUGUUGCCUGUGGAAAGCCCUCAAGCUGAUAUGGCGCUUCAUCAAAUGGCCCCUCGGACUGCUGCUGAUAAGCAGUCUUUUAGGAUUAGUCGUUUACUUUUUGGUUGUAGAUAGGGAUAUCAUGAGCAGUUCACUGUUGGGAGAGCACAGCAUCUACGAUGUGGAAGAGAACCUGUCCAUCGAUUUCAACGAUUUUACCAAUGCCAAUGAUUUGGACAGCGGCCCUGUCACCACCUUCGGCAGGGAUCACAAAGACAAGGGCAUCGGUUUCGCCAAAGAUGGUUCGACGCCGAACUCGAAGUUUUCGUUCGGCCUCAACAACGAUUUGCUGGCAAUUUUCGUCAAAAAGACCGAACAAAAUCGUAACGAAGGACAAAACCUCUGGACAUCCACGGAGCAUGAAAGCUUGAGUGAAGAAACUCCGGCCACGGUGGAAAAAGUGACCAGCAGCAGUACGACCCGGGCUCCGAUUCGUAAGACCAGCACAAUUUCCCUGAAGGACUACACCAAGGCCCGAGUUAACUUCGACGAUGACGAAGUGUUUGAAGACGCCGUCAACGAGCACACGACCCGGGCUUAUGAUGCUGCUGGAUUCGAUUCCAACGACAGGAGACAGAAAAACCUUACCAUCACUUCGUCGACCACGGAUUCCAGUCUGUACCGGACCAAGGUGUCCCCCACAUUGCCCAUACUCUCCCGGUUCGAAAUUACCACCGAAGGUUUGAAACGAUUCAAUAUUUCCGAAGAAGGCAUCUGCAAGUCCACAUCUCUCCCACUGUGCCGAGGAGUGCUUCAGUACGAUCUCACAACAUUCAAAAAUCCCCAGCUCACCAACAUCGAGUACGAGCACUUCCAGUAUCUGAUCAACUCAAAGUGUUCGGCACGGGUAGCGGAAUUUGUCUGCCUGGUGCUGGAACCGGAAUGUCGGCCAACCCGAAUGGGAACACUCGCUCCGUGCAAAAGAAUCUGCAAAUCAAUUCUGGAACCAUGUGCGCACAUCAUUGCCAGUUCGGAGGUCCUGACGGCAACGUUCGAUUGCGACAGCUAUCCGGAUUCCAACGAUCGGAACGUGUGCGAAGAUCCAACGCGGCAGAGUGACUGCUACGCCAACGAGUUCCAGUGUGCGGAUUCCAGCUGUAUCCCGUUGCAAUGGAAAUGUGAUAACAUCAAGGACUGCCAAAACGGUGAGGACGAAUCGGACUGUAUGUUCUGCGAGCGAGACGAAUACCGCUGUCUGUCCAACGACAAAUGCAUUCCGGACAAGUAUCGCUGUGACCAGUACGAGGACUGUCCGGACGCGUCGGAUGAACUGGACUGUUACUACGACGAGCCAACGACCUUCCCAACGGGAUUCGGCAGCCAGCGGGAGUAUCCGUUCGUGCAGGUUCAAGUGCCCAACAGUCCCGUCAAUGGUAAACCAUAUCUGACGAUCACCAACGAAGAUCGGGAGAAAAAUCAACAGCAAGAGCGUAAGGCCCGUCCCUAUCCGGACUAUGACGCCUCACAGGAAGACGAGUAUGAACCCACGGCGGCGGAAAACGUUCCUCAGGUGAAUCGCAAGAACCGUACGGAGCCCAUCGAAAACAAGACGGAACGCGUGGAAGACCAAACGGAAGCAGAAACCAGUCAGAUAUCAGUUCCCAAAUCAUUGAGUAACUUCCAGGACAGCAAAGAAAUCAUGAUGACGUCGGAUUCAGAGAAUGACUACAAAUACAGUAGUACAAGCAGGGCAUUCCUGACGACCGCCCAUGCUUCUCCGUGUCCCGAAGGGGAACUACGUUGCGUAAGCGGCAUCUGCAUUUCUGUGAGCCAAUUGUGUGAUAAAGUAUCCGACUGUCCUGAUGGCGCCGAUGAAGCCAUGUGUGUUUAUAAGGAAUAAUACUCAAGCAAGGCCGAAGAAGCGAGUUCAGCCAAGACAGCCAGAAAUCGAAAAACCAUGACCAGAAAGAUUUUAAUCGUAGCUUAGCACUGCCCUGAGAUUGAUGCUUCUUUCUCUUCUCUUACCCGGUUUAGAAAAGAGAUUCGAUCGAAUUGUAUUUAUAGAGUGAUUCUACUUGUUAACUCGUUGUUAUAUUUGCGGAGGCAAUACUUUUUAGCCUAAGAGAAACGGAAAACAUUCAUCAUCCUGUGUCACAAUUAUCGUUAGUUACCAUUAUUGUUGAAAAGUUACCCCCUCAUGAUGUGUAUUAUUAGAUUACUAAGCGCUAGGACAAUAUGUGUAAUAUUAUUAUCGGAUAAUGUUGGAAUGACAAAAUAAUUUGGCAAAAUGGACAGUUUUGCGAAACAUAUUUCGGGCAGCCAACAGUCUAAUAAAUUACAUUCAAAAUUGAUAUUUUAAUCGAUAGCGAAGCGUUGUAAAUAAGCCAUUUCUAUCUUUCGAAACCAUUUCAUAUAAUCUUUUGUAAAUCUUCGUUUCAAUAAAUUUUAUGUUGAG